AUGACGGAGUCCAGUGACGCCGGAGCUUCCAGGGCUAGUAAGAUCUUGGCCAGUGACGUCGAUAUUAAUGACCACAUCGACCUCUCUGGGAAACCAUGCAGGGUUCUUGAUCUCUACACGAAGAGAGGCCUUUGUCACUUUCGCACCAUGAAUAUAUUAACUGGCUUCAUCGUGCAUAGCAUUGUUCCCCCUUCCACAGAGUUUGUUGUUCCAGAUGUGACCCGUGAUCUUUACCAGUUGACUGGUAUCUCCUACAAGGAUAAUUCUGUUACCCUUCUGCAUCAUAGCGGCGCCUACACUAGGAAUGAUAUCUUUCUUCCCCGGAACCAGAACCUCAGGACCAUGAUGGUUGAUGGAUUCAACGAUGGUAAGAGAGUUCUUGUGGGUACCGUGACUUCAUUGGGGCAGGGUGCCAUCUAUGCCGUCGAAGUCUACCAGGCUGGUUCAGCUACUAGGUUCAAGCUCAAUGAAGAUGUUUUGAACCAAAGCAAAACAAAUGACAGUGAUGUUGUGGCCAAAAAUGUUGGCGUCAAAGAAUGCCCAAAUUGUCUUGGCUUGGGCACAGUGCCAGGCAUGUAG